AUGGCCACCAUCGUAACCGUUGAAGAUGCUUAUCCUGGUGUCGACGCUGAGCUUCUUAAAAAGGCCUGCCAUGGAUGGGGAACGGAUGAAAAAGCUGUAAUAGCGAUUCUGGCACAUCGAAAUGCUACUCAAAGGAAACUGAUAAGGGAGGCUUACCAAGAUAUGUAUGACGAGGAUCUUGUGAAGAGGCUUGAAUAUGAGCUAUCUGGUGAUUUUGAGAGCGCAGUGUACCGAUGGAAUUUGGACCCUGCAGAUCGGAAUGCAGUGCUAGCAAGUGUAGCUCUACGUAAGGAGCACCGUGAUUAUAGAGUGAUCAUUGAACUAUCAUGCACUCUUUCUCCGGAAGAGCUUGAUGAUGUCAAGCAUUCGUAUCAAUGCCGCUUCAAGCGUUCUUUGGAAGAAGACAUUGCUUCGCAUACUUCUGACGAUCUCCGAAAGUUACUUGUAGGUUUGGUGAGCAUACAUAGGUACCAAGAGAAAACAUUUAACCAUGAAGAAAUCCUCCGAAUUAUCACCACAAGGAGCAAGCCACAACUCAUGGCUACUUUGAAUCACUACAAAGAUGAACAUGGUUGCAGUAUGACCAAGCACUUGAAGGAUGAUCGAGACAAUGGGUACACAAAAACACUACGUACCACGAUUAGAUGUAUGAGUGACCCGAUUAAGUACUUUGAAAAGGUGAUCCGUAAUGCAAUUAAAAGUAGUGGGACUAACGAGGAUGCACUAACUCGGGUUAUCGUUACACGAGCUGAGAAAGAUCUAGAGAUUAUCAUGGAGCAAUAUCACAAGAGGAACAGUGUGCCACUUGAUCAAGCUAUCACAAAGGAAACUUCAGGUCAUUAUAAGAGGUUCCUUCUUGCGUUACUUGGGAAGGAUGAUUAGUUUACAACAUUCAUGUGUCGAAUUUGAGUUUUAAAAAAUGAUGUUUAUGAGGUUGUUCUUGGUUCAAAAUUUGAAGUUAUUUAUGUUUCAGUGUGUUUGUAUGUGCUUUUCUUGUAUGUGAACAAAACAAGUGAUAGUGUGAUGCAUGAUUAAGUAAUUUCACUUUUGUUUUUUAUAUUCAUAA